AUGGGGCGGUCGGGAUAUGACACGACCAACCUGGGGCCGUUCGGCGUCCCUGGCUCUUCGGCGCCCCCCCCUCCUCCUCCUCCUCGCGGAGGAUCUGGGGUGGGUGACGGUCCCGGCGGCCGCGGCCGGAAGCGCGCGGCCCCUGGUCAGGGGGGGUCCAGGAAGAGGGCCAAGAAGGCCAAAAAAAACAACGCCCGCGAAGAGGAGGAGGAAGAGGAGGAGGAGGAGAACCCCGCGGUGGCGGCGGUGGGCGGUGGUGGUGGAGAGGCCGGUACUGGUGCUGGUGGUGCUGGCAACGGCGAAAGGAGCGGCGGCUUCGCGGCUGCUGCCCCCGAGCCCGAGCCUGCUCAAGAGCAAGCUUUUGGUGGCUGUGGUGAGGGUGGAGAUGAGGAGAUGACGGAGGAGGAGAUGGCGGCGGUGAUGGAGGCGUGGCGGAGGGAGAAUGGGCUGCAGGAGUGA